AUGGGGGAGUGGGAGGGAGAAAUAGGAGAGUUUUCCUUGGAGAAGCUCACUCAGAUCCUACAGGCCUGUGUUGAGCUUCCAGUAUCCUGCCAGUGUCAGGUGUGCUGCAGCCAGGAGAGAGACAGCAGGUCUCCUUGCCCUUCUCUGGUGCUGGUGCCCGGGGAGGCCUCACGUGUCAGCUGCUCCCCGAGCCCCCAGGAGAUCAGCUGUGGCUCUGGGGCACCUCUCAGGGAGAGAAGGGAGCUGAAGCGGCCGUCUCCAAAGCUUGAGGAGGAGACAAAAGCCUUGGAGGAGGAAGAGAGGCAGAAGGAGAAAGAGAAGCAGAAGAAAGAAAAGAAGGGUGUCUCUGUGGGGAAGGAACCUCCAAAAGCAGAGAAGGGGAAAACCAAACCCCCAGAGAAGAAGGAAAGCAAGGCCCCAGAGAAGAAGGACACCAAAAUCUCAGAGCGGAUGGAAACCAAAGCCCCAGACAAGAUAGAAACCAAACUCCCAGAAAAGAAAAACAAACUUCCAGAAAAGAAGGAAACCAAAUUCCCAGAGAGGAAGGAAAGCAAGACCCCAGAGAAGAAGGACACCAAAGCAUUAUUAGAGAAGAAGGAAACUAAAUUCCCAGAGAAGAAGGAAACCAAAGGUCCAGAGAAGAUUGAAAACAAACUCCCAGAAAAGAAAUACAAACCUCCAGAAAAGAGGGAAUCCAAAUUCCCAGAGAAGAAGGAAACCAAAGCUCCAGAGAAGAUUGAAAACAAACUCCCAGAAAAGAAAUACAAACCUCCAGAAAAGAAGGAAAUCAAAAUCCCAGAGAGGAAGGAAAGCAAAGCACCAGAGAGGAAGGAAUUGAAAAUCCUAAAGAAGGAAACCAAAUCUCCAGAGAAGAGAAGCAGACCUCCAGAAAAGAAGGAAACCAAAUGCCCAGAGAGAAUGGAAAUCAAAAUCCCAGAGAAGGAAACCAUACCACCAAAAAAGAAGGAACCCAAAGCCCCAAAGAAGGGGGAAGCCAAAGUGCCAGAGAAGAGAGAGACCAAAGCCCCAAAGAAGAAGGAACCCAAAGCCCCAAGGAAGGGGGAAGCCAAAGCCUGAAAGAAGGGAGGAACCAAAAUCCCAGAGAACCCAGCUGAGCUGGAGAAGAACUCUUUAUUUUAUUCACACAACUUAUUUUAUACAGUUUGACAAACCUAAUGUGCAACUUUAGGUAGUUAAUCGAUUUCUUAUUACUAGUUAUGCCAGUUAUUCUGUUGGAUAAUAAAAUAUAUUUU